CGGUUGGAUGAAUGCUAUGUUUUUUUGGUCUAACAAUAGUGACAACUUUUCCGUACGCAAAUAGAAUAGUAUAUAGAUGAUGACUCUUGAGAUGUUUCGGUGGCAACAACAUACUUCCGAUUAGGUUCCUAAAUUUUAAGUCCAUUUUAAAAGGUUGAAUACCCAUAAGAUUGUAAUUAAAGUUCGAUUCUAACUUAAUUAUAAAGCUUUUCAAUAAACCUUCAGAACCUUCAACUAAUUGUCGUAAAUCAUAAUUUGGUUUAGUUCUGAAAAUAUUGUCAAUGUGAUACUUUGGUAUGAUUGAUAGCAGUUGUUGGUGUAGAAGUCCCAAGCGUUGGCUAAUAAUCUUGUUGCUCUCUUUUAAAUUACUUAUGUACACGUAUAUCAAGUGAUCAAACUUAUUAAAAUGGAUAGUGAGGUCAUUGUUUGAUUUUAUGUACUUGAUCUCAUCAUUCUCUAAAUUAAUCAAGUUGUGUACUAAAGUCAAUACACCUAUUAAACUUGUAUAAUCAAAUUCUUCCUCAUUUUCAUCGUCGUUAUGCCUCAAUUCAUUGAGAUUACCCAUUCUGAGUGAAUUUAUGGAUGCAGUUUUCAGACUAUUAAGUGAAGCUUUAGAUUUUAAAGCUAAAUUGAAUUGUUUGUUGCUCAGUCUAUAACUAUCAUGGAAUUCAUCACUGUUGAAUACAGGUUUACCAUUCUCCGUCAGAAUAAAGUACUUUUGUAAGAAAUUCUUCUUAAAAUUGGUACUGUUUAUUAGAGUGUUAUCAUUACUAUCUUUAUAAGUGCACUCCUUUGAUUUAUUAAGCUGAUGUGAUAGUCUGUCAACCACACUCAUGAUCGUAAACUACGAAGCGAGUAAAUCAGUUAGGAGUUCAAAAUUACCGCCGAUACCGGAAGCUAGAUUAUGGCUUGACGAAUAUAACGGUAAUUCAUCUUACAAUCUAAGCCAGGGUGUACCAAUUGAUCCACCACCUCUGUUACUUCAACAAGAAUUAGGGAAACAGUCUGUUAUUACAACGAACUAUCAAUAUGGUGCUAUUUCAGGUCAACCAGCAUUUAAAGAAGCUUUUAAGGAUGAUUUGAAUAGACACUACAAUGCGUCUUUAUCAACUGAUAACAUCCUUAUCACUCCUGGAGCAAACGCUGCUUUUUACACUACAAUUCUCGCAUUGACGCAAAUCAAUGAUACUAGUAAUAUCGUGCUACAAUCACCUUUUUACUUUAAUCAUGAAAUGACACUCAGUCAGCUAUCUAUAGAUGUUAGAUUACUCGACUGCCGAGCUGAUAAGGCAUUUGUACCUAAUCCAAAGGACUUGGAGGCCGUGAUUGAUACCAAUACACGAGCUGUAGUUUUAGUAACACCAAAUAAUCCAACUGGUGUAUCAAUACCUUCAAAUGUUUUAGAGGAGUGUAUGAAAAUUUGCGCAGAUAAGCACAUACCACUCAUCUUAGAUGAGACCUAUAGAUCAUUUUCAGAAUUUGAUAGACCACACAAUCUGCAUACAUUAGGACUCAACAAUCUCAUUCAAUUAUUUUCAUUUAGCAAGGAUUUGGCGAUUCCUGGUUUAAGAUUGGGUGGUAUAAUUGCACAUGAGGACUUUAUCGGACAGUGCAUGAAAGUGGCGGACUGCUAUCAGAUUUCUCCUUCAAAUAUCUCUCAAUCGGCAAUAGCGCCAAUAUAUGAUCAACUCAACGAUUUCAAGCUGGAACAAAAAUUAUCAUUAAUAGAGAAACAUAAAACACUAAAGUCGCUUAUUGAUGAAUUAGGUGGAUGGAGUAUCACUUCUUCAGGUGCUUACUAUGCCUUUGUCAACUAUCCGUACAAUCUAUCUUCUACCGAUGUUGCAUCGACAUUAGCCCGACAAUUUGGCAUAUUAACACUACCAGGUGCUUUUUUCACAACUGAUAAUCACAGUGACGCUAACAAUCAUUUAAGAAUUAGCGUUGCGAACGUCACUAAGGAAACUUUACUUGAUACUAAGCAACGCUGGUUAGAUUUUGAUAAAUAUAUGAAAGAAGACAACUAAUGUUACAACGAUUUAAUUUUUUACAACCAUCGAUCGUUUUGCUUGACCAAUAUGUGUGCUAUGAACCUUGAGUGCGAAUCUAAGUGAGCAUAACGAUUCUUGAAGAUGAUCCUGCAUAGGAGAAAGAUUAAGAAACAUGAGUGUUUUGCUAUUAUUAUUCAAACUAUUUUGAAGGAGAUAAGUUAAUUUGGAAUUACGAUAUGGGACGUGAGAACCUGAACCAAGCGCUGAUAUGACAUCUGAUAAAGAACUCAAUGAUUUGUUAAUAGCUUGUGUUUCCUUGAGUCUUGUUGGAUCGUUAAGCGUACCAGUCGAGUCUAACCUUUCAGAUCCUGCGAGAUCAACCAGGUUGAGCACUGAUUUACAGUGUUCGCCUGUUACCUCAUUGCUACCUUCCAAUUUAAGGCUAAAAACACUACUACUACGUGAUGAUUGCUCAUGAACUCUUGUGCUUGCUGUAGUACGUUUCUUGUUAGCUUUGCGUAGCAGAUUGUGUACAUGACUAGGUUCGCUGAGUGGUACAACCACAACAUCCGACACCGUUGUCGAGCCACUCUUUUCAUGGGUUAUGUUAUGUUUCUUUUCUUGUUCUCCCGAACCUAACAAGUCGAUUAUGUUUUCAUU